AUGACGGACUCUUAUCUUCGUCUCUCGUUUGGCAUCUUGAACAUAUUGGGAUUACUUCUACUAUCUUUUAUACCAUGGCCAACUCCUCCUCCAAUCUUCAUCGGGCUGCCCGCCAAGAUACUGCAGCUUAUCGCCAUCUUCUACAAGGUCGAAUAUGUGCACAUGGUAUGGCGAUGGAUCAGAUAUGAACCUGUGCAGGCUCCCGCCAAAGACGACAAGCUCCCCUUCAUCAGCAUCGUCAUACCCGUCUUCAACGAAUCCGAGUUCGUGAGAAACUCAAUCAAGUCUAUUGAACUGUCAGACUAUCCCAAAGAUAGGAUUGAGCUGAUAGUCAUCGAUGACGGCUCUACUGAUGAUACAUGGGAACAUGUCAACAAGGCUGCAGGCUCGGUCUCCACGUCCGGAAUAACGCUUCGGCUCUUACAGCAUGCCGUAAACCAGGGAAAAAGAAAGGCCAUACAGACUGGGUUUGCUACUGCACUUGGAAGUAUCAUCAUAUCACUCGACUCAGAUAGUGUCGUGGAGAAUGGUGCGCUCCGCAAUAUCGUGAGCCCUUUAGUGAAGGAUCCUUCGAUCGGCGCUGUCGCUGGACACCUGGCUGUCUUGAACGUAUCGAGUAGCAGCAUAUUCUCGUUUCAGAGUCUUUUGCCGCGACUCUUGGAUAUUGUCUUUGAUCAUAUCGGUAACCUACCGCGCUCGGCACUCUCAGCUGAGGGGUUUGUCACGAUCCUCCCUGGCGCUUUCUCAGCCUUUCGUGCAGAUGCAGUACAAUCUCAUAUCGAUAGGCUAUGUACAAGCACAUUCCUUGGCGCACCUCUGAAACAUGGAGAAGAUAUGGAGCUCGCAUACCGCAUUCUCUGCGACGGAUGGAGGACGGUUUACCAAAGCAACGCUGUCGUUCAUACUAUGGCGCCUGAAAAUCUUGAAAAAGCGCUACUGAUGUUUUCCCGAUGGGAACGUACCAACUAUACUUUCCUCUGCAUGGGAUAUCCUGCUUUGACAGUGCAGAAAACAUUGAAGCUAUGGCUUGCAAUGCGACCCCAACCCGUUCAGUCCCCAGAGUUUGCCGACAAGGAAAAACAGGAAGACGAACCCUUCAUCACCAAAGACGGAACAGGGAGCAUAUAUCCAUUUAUAAACGUGGCAUGCAUCUGGCUGAAAGGCCCACUGAUGCUCUUGGUCACCUACACGUUGCUGAGAUGUGUGAUUCUAUACCCCAGACAUGCGCUUUGGAUAUUACUGGAGAUCUCGAUUCUGACAGUUUGGAGAGGCUUCAUGCUUAUUCCAGAUGCCCUUCGAGAGAAACAUACAGACUGGGAGUACCUGGCUACAUCGUAA